UUGGAAUCGGAAAUAUUCGUAAAACAAAAACAAGUCAAAUAACAACUCUACGCAAGAUUUUUGCAGUUUUUUUUUCAUUUGUGUAAAACAAUAAGAUAAUACCAAAUAAAAGAAAAUUCCUCAACUCCUGUUUUGAAAAAAUUAAAGAAAGAGCGUGAAAGGAAAAUUUGAAAAAAAAACAAUAAUAAUAAGCACACACACACACACAAACAAACAUCAAAGUGUUUUGUUAGCAGCUCAGCAACAACAACUUCGCCACAAUGGGGAAAGAUUUCUACAAAAUUCUGGGCAUAAACAAAGGUGCAUCUGAUGACGAAAUCAAAAAGGCUUAUCGCAAACUGGCAUUGAAGUAUCAUCCGGAUAAGAACAAAACGCCACAGGCCGAGGAGAGAUUCAAAGAAAUAGCGGAAGCCUAUGAAGUGCUGUCGGAUAAGAAGAAACGUGACAUAUUCGACCAGUACGGCGAAGAGGGUCUGAAGGGUGGUAUUCCCGGAUCCGGUGGCGGCAUGGAUGGCGGUAAUGGUGGCUAUUCCUAUCACGGUGAUCCCAGAGCGACAUUCGCUCAAUUCUUUGGCAAUGCGGAUCCAUUUGGCAUCUUCUUUGGAUCCGGUGAUCCGACACGCAUAUUUGAAUCACAGACAAUGUUCAUGGGAGAUGACGACAUGUACAUGGGCGGCGGGCCGGGCGGUGCUUUCCGCUCGCAAUCCUUCAAUGCCCAGCCUAGCCGCAAGCGUUCCCAACAAGACCCGCCCAUUGAGCAUGACCUCUUUGUCUCACUGGAGGAAAUCGAUAAGGGCUGUGUGAAGAAAAUGAAAAUUUCCCGCAUGUCCAUGGCCACGGGGCAGGCCCGCAAGGAGGAAAAAGUAUUAAAUAUCACUGUGAAAGCUGGCUGGAAGGCUGGCACAAAGAUCACCUUCCAGCAAGAGGGCGACCAGACGCCUGGCAAAAUACCCGCCGACAUCAUAUUCAUCAUACGCGACAAACCACAUCCACUCUUCAAAAGGGAGGGCAGCGAUUUGCGUUACACCGCCAAAAUAAGCCUGAAGCAAGCGUUGUGCGGCACCUCCAUCUCAGUGCCCACACUCCACGGCGAUCGCAUCACAGUCAGCUCACAAGGAGAGAUCCUUAAACCGACCACAGUGAAGCGUCUAAGCGGGCGCGGUUUGCCCUUCCCCAAAGAACCCUCAAAGCGUGGCGAUUUGCUAGUGUCAUACGACAUCAAAUUCCCCGACAGCCUGCAGCCCGGCACCAAGGAACUAAUAAGUGAAAUAUUACCAAAUUAGAAGGAAACAAAAAUAGGUAUUUCCAGUAGAUAUAUACAUAGGCUACUUAACAGGGGAAGAUAUAAGUUUCGAGAGUAGUUGUUUUUGUUUAUGCAGCUACCUCAUUAAGAAGAUACACCGCCUCAAGCGCCACCCACAUUUCACAUGCAGAGCCAUUACAGAGUUGGAUGACUGUGUGACAAUGAAGAUUGCUUCAUAAAAUUGCAUUGCUCUCCACCGCCCAAUCAGUGAGGGGGGAGAACUAAAGGUCACCAUAUAGCGUAGAUGAGUUGCUUCCAAAAACAACUCCUAAUCACAUCAUGUACAUUAUUUCUCACCAUCAACAUCAACAUCAAUUAACUCCUUAGUUUUAGUAAAAAAAAUCGUUUGUUAGUUUCUAGGACAACACCACUGUUAAAGGAAACAUCAUCCAUCAUUUUCGAAAUUUUAAUUUUAGUUAGUUUUUUUAACUAAGAAUUCCGGACCUGUUCUCUGGUCCUGGCUUUUUCAAAAUUCACAAUGAAACUAUUCCAAAUAUGUUGUACUGUAUUUCAUCUAUUAUGAUUUUUCUAGUUUUUAAUGUAUGCAUAUUUACCUAGAUAUAUAAGUACAUAUGUGCUAGUUUUAAUUUAAACUACAAACAAAACAGUUACAGAACAGCCAUUACACUUAGACACAUAUCCACCAUAAGGAAAAUAGACACAGCUUUAUCGAGGAAUUGUUGUUAACCAUUCGGCAAUUGUGUGUGUUUAAAUUCUAUGGUCCGGUUAACCUUUCCGCACACAAUUGGUGCUGAUUCGUUUUUUGUUGAUUCUCUACAAAAUCUCAACAAUUGCUGAAUGGGUGAUUGUAGGCAAGGAAAUAACAAACCGAUUGAAAUAGAAAUUUGUAAAUUAAAUUCAAAUUCAAAAGAAACCAACAAUCCCAGAGACUGAUUCGAAAAAAAAUGAAUGAAUGUGAAAAAAAACAAAACAAAACAAAUCACAAACAAUAAAAAUGGAAAUAAAAGUACUGUUAUAUAAAAUUUA